GCGUGUCUUUUCCCCUUUCCCCAUUCUGGACGCUCUGUUUCGAUAAGCUUGAGGGCGAGCUCGAGCGGCGCAGCACAGCAGGCGAUUCUCUCCGUCCAUGGCGAUUCUUGCCGGUCGAUUUUGAUUUCGGUUCCCUUUCUUCUUCGAUCCCCGGUGUCGCGCUUGGUUGUUCCUCUCUCCCGCUCUCUUUCGCUCUCUGCCCGUGUGCUUUUUGCUUGUGUUUGGUUCCAGAUCUAGGUGAGUUCAUGUUGUCCCUGUCGUCUCGCACAUUGUUGUAGUUGUAGAUGCAUGAUGUUGUUGACUCCCUGUUGAAGGUGGAGAUGCCUGAUUUGUGUGUGCCGUCGAGCACCUGCUUGUAGUUGUAGACGCAUGAUUUUGUUGACUUCCUGCCGGAGUUGGAGAUGCGUGAUUUGUGUGUCUUCCCGAGCACCUGUUCUGUAGUUGGAGAUGCAUAAUAGAUGCAUGAUUUUACGGUUGACUCCCUGCUGGAGGUGGAGGUGCGUGAUUUGUGCACCUCCCCGCGCCGCUGAUGCAGUUGCAGAUGCGGUGGUUGUUUCCUGUCUCCUGUCCACGGGUUGUUGUAGUUUGGGGGAUUAUGUAGAUGUGACCCCCCCCUGUAGGUGCGUGAUUCCGUGAAUUUUUGUGUUCUGGUCUAUUAUGUCCUGAUGCUUGCUGCGGUAUGCAGCUGUGUAGCUUGCUUUUGUGCCUAAGAUGUUUGUAUGAUGUUUUGAGUUCAAGCAGGCAUGUGUUUUUGAGUUUAAUUUCAGUGUAAUUUGUGCCAGCGCAUUCAGCGUAAUUUUCUGAAGGAAGUUGGGGGAUUAUGUACAUGCCCCCCUUCAUGUAUAGAACUUUUCAGUGUAUUCUAGCCAACUUUUAUAGUGUAAUCCUAGGGUAAUUUGUACCAAGUUUACAGUGUAAUGUACCCAAUGUUUACAGUGUAAUUUGUCCCAAAUUUACAGUGUAAUUUGUCCUACACUUACAGUGUAAUGUAUCCAAUUUUUACAGUGUAAUUUGUCCCAAGUUUACAGUGUAAGCUACACAUUUAUUUACAGUGUAAUUUUAUCCCAGUGUGAAUUGUCCCCGACUCCUAGUGUAAUUGCAGUGGAUUGAAAGUGUAGUUUGAAUGUAGUUUUACCCAACAAUUUCUCUGUACUUGGAUUGGUACUAUAGGACUUUUUCAAAUGCUUCAGCUAACUUUAUUUUUCGCCAAUUUUGCUCUAUAAUUUCUAUGGUUCAGUAUUGUAUUUGUCAGUUAGAUUACAGUGGUUUUUUAUGUUUUAAUCGGAUGCCUUUCAGUGUUAUUUAACUUCUUUUCUUCUUUUUGUCCUCCUUCUUGUUUAUAGGUUUAAACGGGUAAGCUACGGAAAGCCUCUCGUCGGGAUGUUCCUUUAGUAUUGUCUUUAGAGAGUGCAGAUUCUGGAGCCGAACCUUUCGUGCCUAAUGAUUUUGCAGAAGAUGGUUCUUAUCCUGUGUCUCUGGAAUUAUCUGGUGAUCAAGGAGGGUUUGACAAAGCUCUUUUGAAGUUCUAUCUUAAUCUUUAUCUUGGACUUUUCAUUUUAUUUUUAUUUUUUCGUUUUUUUACCUUUGGGUGAUGGUUCUGUUUUUGUCCCUGUAUUUUUUGAAAUGCUUCUUUCUAUUGGGAGAGGGGCAGCAGAUAGUCCCUGUAUUUUGUUAGGGAUUUUGCACUGCAAUUUACUAGGUACUUACAGUGUAAAAACCCUUAGUUUUGCACUGGAUUUUUACAUGUUUAAUUUCACACUGGAAUUUCUGGGGGUUAUACACUGUAAGUCUGCAUUUACAGUUUAAUUUACUAUGUAAUUUACACUGUAAGUACAUCAUUUGUCUUUGCUGCAUUUUUUACUCUGUAAAGUGUACUUUCAAUGUAAUUACACCAUUUUCUUUACUCUAGAAUUUAUGGGAAAUCUACACUUGAAAUUUCUAGGUACAAGACUAGUUACAUGGGAUUUACACUGUAAUUUUCUAAGAUUUUACACUUGAUUUUGACUAGAUUUACACUGGAUUUGCAUGGGGAUUUUUUACACUGUAACUACAUCUUUUGUCUACAUGCUUACAGUGGAAUUACAUGAUUUACACUCUAAAUUACAUCUUUUGUCUACAUGCUUUCACUGGAAUUUACAUUGUAAUCCUAGAAUUUACACUGGAAUUAUAUGAUUUACACUGUAACUACAUCUUUUGUCUACAUGCUUACACUGGAAUUUAUGGGGAUUUAACAGUGUAUACUUUUCAUGUAAUUCCAUCAUUUCUUUACUCUCGAAUUUAUGGGAUUUUUUUACCAAUUUUCUAGGUGCAAGACUAGUUUACAUGGGGAUUUACACUGUAAUUUUCUGGGAUUUACACUGGAAUUUUUGACUAGUUUACAUGUGGAUUUACACUGUAAUUUCUAGGAUUUUACACUGGAAUUUUGACUAGUUUAAAUGGGGAUUUACACUGGAAUUUUCUGGGAUUUACACCGGAAUUUUUGACUAGUUUACAUGGGGAUUUACAAUGUAAUUUUCUGAGACUUUAGAAUGGAAUUUUGACUAGUUUAAAUGGGGAUUUACACUGUAAUUUUCUGGGAUUUACACUGAAAAUUGACUGGGUUUACAUGGAGAUUUACACUGUAAAUUCUAGGAUUUACACUAGAAAUUGACUAGUUUACAUGGGGAUUUACACCGUCUCUCCCAUGGGCGGCUCCCAGAUUUGUUCUAGCCCUGUUAGGUGAGAUCUGUCUAGUGGUUGAGGGGGGAGGGGCCUGUUUUGUGGAGGGAUUUGGUCUCUGCGUGCGUUGCAAGCUUGCUGGCAUGUGCCAUGUGAUCCCUGAUGGGGUUUGUUUGUCCAGGACGAACCAGGAAAUUUUUUCAAAUUGAAAAACAGUCAAAUGUCAAAUAGACAGAAUAUAUGGCCUUUGAACGCACACGCAAACAAAGAAGGUUCAUGGAGCUAUUUUGUUUUAUAGGGAAGGUUCGUAGAGAUAAAUCCUGGACCCUUUUUUUUUUUGAGGCAACCUGCCGAUAAUGCUGGACUAGUUUCAAAAACUUUCAGCUUUGUACUUGCUGGGCCCGCCAUUACCGGUGAAGCCACAUUUGGGCUGUGGGCAGCCAGCAGCCCAGCGCAGAGAAAAAUCAUCACUCGACCCACGCUCCCCACGCCCCCACCCAUGUGGCCAUGUCGUCACUUUCCCCUUCUCGUCGAGGGUUUCCUCUGCCCUGUUACGUUCCCCACUCCAAUCCAAUGGCGACGACCAGCAACAAGAAAAUGGCGUCGCCGUCGCCUAUGCCGGACAUGCCCGACCAGCUCCUCGCCGAGAUCUUCCUCCGGCUGCCCACCCCACAAGACCUCGCCCGCGCCUCCGCCGUCUGCACCACCUUCCGCCGAAUCUCCACCGACAGGUCCUUCCUCCGCUGCUUCCGCUGCCUCCACGCGCCGCCACUCCUCGGAUUCCUCGACCGCGACGGCUUCCACCCAGCCCUACCCUCCACCCCCGCCGUCCGCGCGGUCGCCGCCGCCGCCGAUUUCACCUUCUCCUUCCUCCCCCACCACCGCCGCUGGACCGUGCAGGACGUCCGCGACGGCCGCGUCCUCCUUUCCCGCAGCACCGGAAAACUUGGGCAGCCCCCGGUCUUCAGAGAUCUCGCGGUGUGCGACCCCUUGCACCGGCGCUACGUCCUGCUCCCCCCGCUACCUCACGACCUAGCUGCUUUGCUUGGGCACCCGUUCCCCCCGGUAACCGAAGCCUGCUGCAAGCGCUUCCUCGUUCCCCUCGGCGAGGAGGAGGCAGCGGCUGGAGACACAACAUUCAGAGUCAUCUUGAUGGCGUAUUGCAAAACCAGCCUGGCUGCCUUUGUCUUCUCUUCCAGCAACGAUCAAUGGCGAGCUACUGCAUCCAAGGAUUUGAGUGAUUUGGCCCUUGACGAGGGCAACAUGGAGGAGAUGUCAAGGGUCCAGCCUUUCAUUCCCAUGCGCCAUUAUGCUUAUGGCUGUUUCUACUGGGACUGGGUGCAAUUCGGGAUGAAGAAGUUGCUCUUGCUUGACACCACGAACAUGGAGUUCUCCGCUGCUGACCUCCCACCAGGAGAAUGGAGCAAGGAAGGUAUAGCCAUUGUGGAGGCCGGGGAAGGCAGGCUCGGGAUCUUUGGUUUCCGUGGUGAACUUGCAUCCAGUCUCAGCUAUACCACUGCACGGACCAAAGGCGAGAGUCCCAGCCAGUGGCAGAUGGAGAAGACAAUCUCACUAGAUUCUGGCUACAAAUAUUGUAUCAGAGAUGCAACACAGAGGUACUUGCUCUUGACAAGGAUAGAAGCAUCAUCCCUAAAUAAUCACCUUGUUGGAUAUUUCUCAAUGGAUAUCAAGACGUUGCAGCUUCAGAGGGUUUAUGAGAAACAGCACUAUUCUAAUCAGACAUACACAUAUAUCAACUUCCCACCAUCAUUGUUGUCUUCAAGGAGAAUAUGAAGUGGUAAAGUUUCUAUUGCUUCCAAGUAUCUCCUUCACUUCAUAAUUAUCACAUGACUUGUCUAUUGCUUCAUGCUCAUUAUGGCAAUCGGUAAUUCCUGUCUUUUUAGUACUGUUUAAUUUAUUGUGCUCAUCGGAAAACUAGAAAGCUCGGGAACAUAAUUGUGUUUCUUGUCUUGUUUGUCUCGGUCGCCUUUUAAAGAGAAUGGGGUUAGUAGGAGAAAUGAUCUUGUACACUACAAGUAGCUUAUGCAUGAGUGAGUCCUGAUGGAAAUCUGGAAUCGCUAAAAAUACCAGGUCAUUAUAGUUAUUUUAGAGGAGUAGUUUUGAUGAUCAAGAUAAAGUAGGAAGGAAUACAACUUUAUUUCUGGUUUACCUUGAAUUGAUUCACCAUGAGAAAAUCCACUCAAGUCAAAGACAGCCCAUUUUGUACACUUUUUCUUCAGAUGUAUAAUUUUAUCUUGCGAUGCUGUUUCGAGGUAAACCUGUAUGGUCACAAAUAAGAUCCUGAGUCACUGCUGUAAAUAAGAAGAGCUUGUGCUCACAGGCAACUGAAUUGUUAUCCUGUGAUGUUGUUUUAUCUGAAUCAACCUCAUAAGAUUGAAGGGAGUGCUUAUCACGGGCAACUGAAAUUGUUCUUUAUUGCAGUCAUUGUCUCCACCACUGUUAGAUCCUCAGUAUCAUGGUUGUGCUCUGAAUCUCCAAGCAAAUCAUAUUGGUUGAGAUGAUUGACUGAAACUUAGAGUUGUCAGGUGAUUGUAUUGUUUCUCGCUGCCAACACCCUGAGCUACAUAUUCACGUAUAUGUUGUUCUAGUUUUUAUGGUGCUUGUAGCUUCAGUUAAUGUGGCUGCUGCUGUCCCAGCGUAAGAGUGAGUGUGAUCAUGAACUUUAACAGUUUCAAUCGACCAACAAUUGUGGUUGAGCUAGCUAGCUGAGGCAUAUUUCCAUGUCCCAUUUUUUUCUCAACUAGUAUUUAUUAGAGUUAUGAUCUCGUUGAGGAUGAAUACAAUACACGUUGAUUGUAACCAUUAAAAGCCUUUGCAUUCUAUCGAAAGUGAAGGAGUGUCCCUAUUUUUCUUUUUUUGAGUUUGAAGCUAGAGCUUUAUUAGUAGUAGGAAACAAGUUGGUGCAUAGCGCCCAUGAUAUCACCAGCAAUAAACUCUGGCACAUCGAACUCCCAUUUUACCCUACCAGAGCCUACAGGUUUAAUUCCAAAUUUACUUAAGCCUUGUUUGUCUGUCGACUGCCUGCAGACAGACAAGUCGCAACUGGACAAGCACAGUCGGUUGUGUGAACAAGUUUUCUGCAAUUAACUCUACUAUGCAGUUGAAAUUCUUUUUUAUUGCAGUCAAUCUCCACCACUCUGAUAUCUUGAUAUGAUGGUUGUCCUAAUCUGAGAGCAUAUCCUAUUGGUUUUGAUAUAAUUGAAUGAAUCUUAAAGAGUUUCCAGGUGAUUGUGUAUUAGCAAUUUUGUAGGAUGAAUUUGAGGGGACAACCAGGUUUCUUUUUGUUCCUUUAUGUGCAUCAGUUUGUGCCAGGAUGGAAUUAAGUUUUUCAAGACUCGUUUAUGUUGAUGUGCCUCUGUCUGGCUAUGUAUUCCAACCUUUUAAUUUAAAUUCCGAUGCUAGGCACACUGGAGCGAGUGUCUGCAGUCACAUGUUUCGAAUUCAGUUUAGAUAAAUAUUACCAAUGUGAUAAUGCUAUUAUGUAUCUUCCUCUACCUAGUUACAUAUAAUUUGUUCCUUUUAGCUCAUAAACUCUCAAAUAUGUGUGCAAUAGAAUUCUUAUUUAUUGCAGUCAAUCUCCACCAGUCCUAGGUCCCAGUAUCAUGGUUUUUCUCCUUAUCCCAAAACAAAUCAUGUUGGUCGAGAUGAUUGACUGAAACUUAAGGAGUUUUCAUACGAUUAUGUAUUAGCAAUCCUGUAAGAUGAAUUGGAGAGGGCACCUAGUUUUGUUUUUCUUUCCUUUUGGGGACUCAUUUUUGUACUUGGAUUGCUGACAGCAGCUAGUGCGUUGAUUCUUGCUACCAAUGCCCCAGUUUCUCUCCAUGUUUUGUAGUUGGAAGUUUGGUAUACUGCUAGGUGUCUGGGUAGUAUAUGAUUUCGUGCUGUCCUGUAACAUGGAGGUACCACUUCAAGUUCUUCACGACUCAUUUCUUUAUGUUGACUGGCCUGAGUGCAAACUACAAUUCUAAACACACUAAAGCGAGUGUUUGCAGUCACUUGUUUCGAAUUCGGUAAUCAAGAUUACCAAUGUGACAAGGUUAUUAAUUACUGAAACUUAAGUAGUUAUUAGGUGAUUGUGCAUUAGCAAUUCUGUAAAGACCACCCAGUUUUGUGUUCUUUCUUUUCUUGUGUGCAUUAUUUAUGUACUAUUAGGAUGGCAGUCGGCAGCUAGUAUGUCGGUUCUCACUAGCAAUACCUCGAGUUUCUUUACUCUUUUUAAGCUAGAAGUUUGUUAUACUGCUAGGUGCAUAUAUACUAGGUAGUAUGAGGACUCCUACAACACAAAUGUACCAAUUCUGUAUUACUUAAGUUUUCCACGUCUCGUUUCUUUAUGGUGUCUUGCCUCUGUCUGGCUAUGUAUUCAAACUUGUAUUACACAUUCCAGUCUAAGCACACUGAAGCGGGUGUUCGCAGUCACAUAUUUUCAAAUUCGGCUGAGACCAAUAUUACCAAUGUGACAACGCUAUUAUGCAAUAUUUCUUCUCUGGUGUCUAAACUUCUAUCUUGUCUGUUCAGGUUUGACAGAGCCGUACGUAAUCAUAUCAGCAUUCUUAAUUCAAAGCGACCAUGGUUUCAACAGCUUGGAGUUCUCACAUACUGACCACUUAGACUACAGAACAACAUGAUCUACAUUGCCUUGCUUGGUGGUGGCCAUGUCAAUGUUUCGGUUAUUAGGUCUAACAUCAAUGUGGAAUUUCCCUGCCUAAGAAUGUGACUUUGAUAUUAGGAGUUCAAGUCAAUUUUUUUUCUUCAUUAUUAGUUAAGAGUUGCUAAAACAGGUACAAUCUUGGCAGAACGAUCACAACGGAACUGAUAACCAACGUAAGGACAAUAUAAGCAGCACCGGCAUGCAGCUGGAGGGACUUGUUCUUUGUUGUUGCUGCUGCUGCUGUACGGUGAAGGGUAGGCAGCAAACAAGGUUUGUAGAGCUGUAGAAAGAGGUGAGUGGAAGUCCUAAAUGGUGCUCAUGUUUGGAUCGCCGAAGUACCGAUAAUUUGUGAAAUCUUGAAUAUGCUGUAUGAUCUUGAAUACUGAGUCGACAAUUUUCUCUGCUGUAUGAUCUUUUGUCCCUUUUUCUUCAGAUUUGAUGGAGCUGUAAUCAGAUCGCCCCAGCGUAAGUUGACAAUCCAAACGCAUGCUCGGCUAGUCGGCUGCAGAGUGAAUCAACAUGUACACAGAUAGGAGUAGUAUAUACUACUGUCACCAAGUUGGUUGGUUUCACCUGCCUGUUAUUAGCAGCAAGAAAAAUUAAGAGAUGACUUUUGGAUCGCUUGGUCUCGGGUCCUGAGGACAAAACUGCAACCAUCAGGGCUUUCGAUUGAUUUGUGAACGCAGGUGCGGGAAUUGGCGAAGACACACUCGUUGGCGCUAUGGUCAGUUGGUCGUUUCAGAUUAGUAAAGGUGCCUCUAGCUAAACACGCUUGUCCAUAGUUUUUUAGGCGACUCUGGUCUGGUCCAUGGUUUGUAGCAUGGUGACACUAAGCUGAUCUUAACAUAUGAAGGCUUGCCCCGGGUUUGGGCUAA